CAACUUCUUUGAAGAAUAGCGGAAUUGAGGGGGAGUCGAUUGAUCCUACGUUCGUGACCGUUGGUUUUCUUUCCAGGUUGGCCAUCCUCCGCCACCGCCGCUAGACCCGAAACCAAAUCCGAAAAGUACACCAAAAAUUGAAACAGAAAUCGAAUUUCUGCCGGAUGGUGGCCUUCUUAUCGCCCACCGUUGCAUCGAUGGGUCUUUUCUGAUUACGCAAAGUGUGCCUGCCUCGCGGGUCAGUUAGUGGCGAGCCUUCUAAGCAAGCGUUGCCUGGAAGAAAGUGUGCGAUAAGUGAAGGGACGAAAACAGAUGAUGGCUUUGAAGUGAAACUCCAAUCGUUAAGCACACUGCUUCCAUUAUCAGCCAAGUCCGAGGGUGUGGAUUACAUUGUGGAUCGCCAUUCGAAGCACGUUCCAGCUCCAUAAUCGCUAGCAAUCGUGUGAGGACACCUUAAGACGGUAGAGGAACAGACACAAAACUGGUUUACUAACUAACCGGUUAAGCUGCGUUCUUCCUAUCUGCGUACCAGUAGUAGCCAUACCAUCAGCAGAUCAACAGCUGCUGUCCAUAAUGCAAGUCCUCAGCAAGAUGACUUCGGUGCCAGUCACCUGUAUCGAGUACGCACAUCCAUGGACAACAUCUUGUACGGUGGCGACGGCAGAACUGAUGAUCGUCGGUGUGCAGUACUGUUUGCGAAUUUAUGCAGCAGUUUAUGCGCUAUCCUUGGUAAUGCGCGGCCGUAUACCGACGCUGGCAGAGUUGAAGAAAACGAUCCGCGGCUGGCUACAAUCGACGGCAUUCCUCACCACAAAUGCCUACAGUUACAUGAUGAUCACGUGCUUGGUGCGCCGGAUGCUUGGUUCGUUUAACUUCUACACUGUCUCGUACCUGCCGGCCUUUUUUGCCGCCUUUGUUUCGAUUAUGGUCGAACGGUCCUCUCGGAGAGGACUGCUAGCGCUAUACGUCUCGAACGUGGCCACCGAGACGCUGUGGAACAUCCUGCAAUCACGUGGUGUUGUGCGAUCAAUUCCGCACGGCGAAAUUGCCAUAUUUGGUCUGUCUACCUCGGUGCUGAUGUACUGCUAUCGGCGUAACCGUCAGAAGGAUUAUCGGGAUUCGAUGUUUGAUGUGGUACGAUUCGCGAUUGGUGACAGCGAGGUGAUGAAGGGUGAUGUCGGCACGCAGCAAGCGGCGGUAACCGAUGCCGAAAGCACUCGAACGGAACGGUCAACAACGGCGCCGGCAACCAGAAAGCCAGGCUCCUCGUAUCCUUUCAUCCAGGCUGUGCUGCGUGCGUACCUACAGCUAACGGGCCGUCUAAAGGCUCUCGGAAAGCAUAAGCUCUGCCGGCAUCGCCAUAGCUGCCUCUAUGAUACGCUCUCUAGUGGUGUGCGUAUGUUUUCGAUGGGUCUUGGCAUCCAGGUGGUCAUGAAGCUAGUGCUACAGCUACGCAAAUUCAUCGCCCGUCCAGCCUUGAUUCGAAAGACGUUCCUCAAUAAGGAAAUUGCACGAUUAGGGCUGUUCCUCGGAGGGUUCACCUCGAUCUAUAAGAUGUCUUCCUGUUUGCUGCGUCAUUUUACUGACAGUGAUAGUCCAUUGUUUGCCUUCCCGAGCGGAUUGUUAGCUAGUCUUGCAUUCGGCUUUUACGCUGACAACACCAUUGCCUUAUACAUCAUGUGGAAAACGUUGCAGAUAACUUACAACUGGGGAAUUGACCAAGGAUAUCUUCCAAAAGUACCCGGGUUCACCGUGCUACUAUACUCCGCCAGUACGGCUCUGCUCUUCCAUGCUGCCACUAUCGAACCCAAGAACCUGCGGCCAAGCUACUGGAAAUUCCUGCAUUCCAUCUCUGGAGGACGCAUUUGCAUCAUGGAUCGUAGUGGUUUCGAUGCUUACGGUCUCGAUACGACCGGCCAGAUACGCACCAUGAUGAACCUGUGCAAAACAGAACCAAUACUGCAAGGUCGGCUGAGCUAGUUGAGAUGGUUGUUUCUAAAACGAUGGCCUGAAGCUGUGAAUCAAAGAAUAGGCAAACAAAACGUUAAUCAUUUUGUCCUUACGCACCAAAUCAAACGAAGAAGAGUGUGGAGUUCAUCAGUGGCUUAACGAAAAUGGCACGCAAAAAUCGUUGGCAGAAGCUGCCGGCGAGCAUUAACCAGAGCGCACUUAACUAUAUGCGGGUCCCAUUAGUUUGUAAGCGAAAUGUAUAGUUUAUGCUUGAUUGAAAUCGUGUGGCGGUUUUUACGUUGUUGCCUCUACGUUGAAGAGUGUUGAGUUGCGUAGAGCUCGUUGUUACUAUUGUUUACGUUUGUUAUAGGUUUUCCACGAUUUCUUGUCCCAAUUAGUUCUACCGGGCUUGGCUUGCUUUUGUUUUGUGACACAAACCAACGAGUUGGUUGGUUGGGGCAGUAAAUAACAGGGAAUAAAGCGCUCGUAAGCGAUGUUUUA